GCUGUCCAACAUGGCGGCCAAGGUGGCAAAGCUGGCAGCUGUUUCUUCUGGGCUGCCAUUGAUAUGUAUUACUGUAUAUGCAGCAACAGAACAGGAAUCAAAAAGUCAGCUGGUGAAGCCAGACAAGCUCCCCAUUUACAGCGCCCCCCCGCGGACGUCGCGCUACAUCGAGGAGCAGCCGGGGCCCCUGCAGCAGCAGCUCACGGCUCUGCGGAGCACGACCGGCCGCUACUUCGGCUGGUGCCAGAGUGUCUAUAACUUCAUUAAAAAUGGAAUAAUGGAUUCAAUUCAGUUUGGAAAAGAUGCUUAUGUUUACCUGGACAACCCCCCCCCAGAGUUCCUUCCCAAAGCUGCUGUGAUCACGGUGUCAGGCCUGGCUGGUGCAGUGCUGGCAAGGAGAGGUUCUAGAUUUAAGAAAAUUGCUUAUCCAUUGGGACUCACUGCUGUAGGAUAUGCUGUUUGUUACCCAGCUCAGGCAGUGGUCAUUGCCAAGGUAACAGGGAAAAAGUUACAUUAUGCAAGUCACCAGACCUACAAGGCUGUGAGGUCACUGUGGGCAGACAAGGAAACUGCCACCAAGCUGCAGCAAGAGUCAAAACCAAUUAUGCAAGAAGAUAAGAAAAAGAAGGGAAUUUCUAGUGCCAAACCUGGGUCUGCUCUUGAGUCAGGAUCAUUUAACAGAACUGAAUCUUCCGCAGUAAAGUGUCGGAGUAAUGAAAACCCAGUGCCUUCAUCAGGAACAGUGAAGAAAUCAAAAUUCAAGCCUGAUCCAAAACUUGCAGACCAUGGCCAGUCCAGCCCAGAAGAUGUGGACAUGUACAGCACCAGGAGCUAAGCCAAGUCUGCUUUACAAAAUGCAAAAUGUUACAGAUAAGGGGGAGGGAAGAAGGGAAGGGAUAAUCUUUACAAUGCAUACUCUGUGAGGUAUAAUUUCAUCAGAUAUUUUCUUAUCUCCAAUUUGUUUUAUUGACUUACAUGAUUCUGUUUAGUGCUUAUUUUGUUCCUGACUCCAUAUAAGCAGUGGGAAUUCACUCAGUGUCAUUAGUGAGACACUGAGAAAACAAGAUUUGUCAGUGUCUUCUCCCAGUGGGGCUUCUCUGUGCCAAACUUGCUAAUAAAUGUCACUUCACAAAGGAUAUUUGAAAAUGCAAAAGUAUCUCUGCUUUGGCUCAGAUGUUCCUUGAUCUGAAUGAAGAAUGUGAGGGAUGGGGUUUGCAGAGGCUUCUUUGUCUUUUAUCUUUCAGCUCUGGAAUGAAGUGCAAGUUCCUGCUGUUCUGAGUGUCCUUAAAAUCUCUGUGGUUGUGUCAUGUGAACAGCAUUGGCUUUAAAGCUUGUGUAAAAGAGUCACUUUUUUCAUCACAAAAUAAUUUGGUACUGUUUGCCUCUUUCACAAAGGUGAAUGGAAACAACUCCUUGUCCUGCACACCUCUGCUGUGUUCAGAUGUCUCUGAAGUUGGGCAAAACCACACAACUGAUCUCUAAACUUCCUUUCUAAACUAAGCAUCAGCUUUCACCUUCUGAUCCUUGGAGGAGCUGUGUUUGAAUUGCUUAAUCCAUGAAACUGAUACUGAAUUUAUAUAAAAUCCAUUAGAAGUGUUUAGGAAGUUGGAGAUCUGUAGUUUCAAGGUUUAAACUGCUGACAGUAAAAAUGCAGAAAUAGUAGGCAGCCAACUUUUUCAUCCACAAGUUUGUAUGCAAUAUCUCAUUGAUUUUUAGGAUUUCUGUGAGAUUCCGUGUUUUUCCAUGAAUGAUAUUAGAAAUUAAGUUUCCUAGGAUGAAACUUUCAAACACUGCUUUGAUCAUGGUGCAUAUCCCUGUACUUCUGUUUAUCCUCCAUUUUUCUCCAUUCUGUUGCUUUUUAAUUAAGGAAAAUAUGGGCUUUGCUGUAAAAUUGAGGGGGAAGCAAGAGAUACCAGAUAGUGUGGAUGGAAGGCUAAAGCCUGAAGUGCUGCUGUUCUCAGCACUGGGAUGUGAUGGGAUAUUGGCUCCUGCUCUCCAGAAGAAAUUUCACAACCUGAAUCCUUCUCCAAGGCUGCUGAUGCCAAAUCAAAUGACCAGUGAAAUACAGGCAGAAUUCCUGGUGUCCCUGUGGGAUCAGCAAAGUUGUGAGGAUGGAAUGUGCAGAAGGCACAAAUGAUGAAUGAGCAAAAGAAGAAAAGCUUUUAGGAUGGGUCAGAAACAAAUUGAUAUUUUAAAAUCCAAAUUUUAGGAAGUGAUGGUCUUUUUUACACAGAGUCCAGUGCAAGGUGAAGUCAGAAAACGUGAAGUUUAAAAGAAUUCUGUUAGUGGAAAUUGCCUGGGACAGCUGACAGGAUUUAAUGUCUUUUGUUUCUUUAAUCAUCUCUUAAAGGCCCAGGCAACUGUCAGAAUUCAGGCAGCAAUCAGAGGAUAUUAAAUCAAUCUUCAGAGAGCUCCUGGACAUGACACAUUUAGUGUUUCAUCACAGAGAGAGGAGUAAAAAAAUUAGAUGGCUGGGCUUCAUCUACCAUUUCCAGGGAAACAGAUGAAGACAUAAGUGAAAAUUGUGAAGAAAUUAUCAUUUUCAAGUGCAUGACUGAAUGCCAGAAAUUGUAUUAUCUGUUUCCCUUGGAUAACAUUCUGGAUAAAAACAUGAAGGAAAAGCCAUCUGCUCUGCUCCUAAAUUGUUAAAUUCUAACUUUGAGUGAUGUGCUAGCACAGCAAGUCAACAGGAGAGGUGAGAUGAUGCAGAUGUUGCAGGAGUUUACUGGGGUGAGAUUUUUCAGGCCAUAAUGAAAAACUGCCCAGGGGUUGGUCUGGUGGGAGCAGGGAGAGGAGCUGCAGGGUUGCUGUUGUGAACCAGCACUUCCAGGAGAGCAGCCUUGGGACACAGCCAAGAAACUUGGGUGCCAGAAACUGCCCUGCCCUGCCCAGGUACUGAGGGCAUCUCCACUCAUGGAAUGUCUGAGGUGCAGGUGGGGCUGCCUGGGCUCUGGUGUCCCUUGGGCUGGGCGGGCAGGAGCUCCAUGGCAGCCCUGGUGCUGCUCAUGCUGGCAUGGCCCUGCUGCCCACAGCUGUGCUGGGGCUGCAGUGCAGGCUCUGAUGGCUCCUUAGGGCAGCACUGGCCUGGAACCAAACCUCAGAGUUAAACACCAUAACUUAAACUGAGUGUUCUGCCCACUCUGAUGGCAGCACAGCAGGGAUGCAGUUCUGUGGCUCACAGAAUGGAGUCCCUGGGCUGUGCCAUGGUUUGAUGGGUGAGAGGAGGGAGCAGCACAGGAUUGUUCCAGCUCAGGUUUGCAGGUGGCUGCCCCAUCCCUGGGAGUGCCCAGGGCCAGGCUUGGAGCAGCCUGGGACAGGGAAGGUGUCCCUGCCUAGGGCAGGGGUGGGAGAAAAUGGGCUGUAAGGUCGGUGGUGAUGCUGCUGAUGUUAUUGUCACUUUCUAAUUUAGUUUUUUCAUCAGCUGAGAUUUCUCUUUCUCCUCAAGGCAGGGUAAUUUUCUGUCUGUUUCAUUUGUAUCACCAGUAUUUGUUUACUGUCCCCACACAGUGGGGUUAAAAUGACAAGAUUUUGGUUUUGAAACAGGGACAGCUAAAGACAACCCUUCCCAAACUGCAGCCAAAGAAAGUGGGAGAAAAGGAUGGAAAGUUUUGUAUUCUGGCUGGGUGUGUUCUCUGCUUUCAGCUCAGACAUCUGAACCUCCAGGGUUAUUUAAUACUUUACUCCUGACUGCAAGGAGCUGCAGCCACAUAUCUGUAUUAGUAAUUUCUAGUAAAGGUGCUAUGCAAUGGCUUUAAAAAAGCAAACUCAGAUCUGGGUGAUGCCACUCUUGUGAGUCCUGGGUAACCACGUGCCUGACUUGGGCUCUAGAAGAUUUCAGACCCAAUAGACAAAUCUGUUACACUGAAAAGUUAAUAUAAAACAUGGGAAAAGUUUUAUUGUGAGACAUGGUUUUAUUAAUUUAUACUGAAACACUUUGAAAUGCCUCUCAAAUGUAUCCUUAAGAGUCACUUAAGUUCAUUUCACAAUGCAAUAAUACAGUCACAUAAAAGUAAGAAUGUAUAUUGUAAUUUUUAUAUAAGUUAUAUAUUUGUGAAAAAAUCGAUGUCUUAAAGAAUGGGGUCACAUGGUAUUUUAUAAUACAGAAAUAGCUUUAAUGCAUGGGGGUUUUAUUUAUGGUUGAUUGUAUUCAAUAUAGAGAGAUUUGGAGCUUGUUGAUAUUAAUUUUUUAUUUACAUAAAACUGAUUGUGAUACUUUGUCAUUUCACUGUGAGGCACCUGGCA